GCCAGGACUAAUGAAUUAAAACAUUUGGACGCCCUACAACUCGCUGUUUAUCAAUGCUCCUGACAGGAGGAGGGCUUUUCUUUUGCUCUUGCUUUUUCUAGAAACAUGACAACAUCCUGGCUGUUGGAUUGGCAAGGAAAGGAGAGAGGGGCUGUGCAAGGGAGCGGAACAGGGAGGUCCCGUGGGAUGGGACGCUGGGGUCCGGGGCAGAGCAGGUAGUAGUGUGUAGCCGGGACAGCUGUCUCUGCUCCUCAGAGUGGCCGUGGCUGCUAUGCAGCAGGAGCAGAUUGCUCUCUCGCCGAGUCCUGACUGCACACACGCAACGACUGGCCAAGGCAGUGGUUGGCCCUGGAUUACACAAGUGCAGACUCUCAACUAAGUGAGCUGGAAGACCCAGGAGAAGGCCGGGCCUCAGGUGCCCACAUGAUCAGUACAGCCCGGGUACCUGCAGAUAAGCCAGUACGCAUCGCAUUUAGCCUCAGUGAUGCCCCAGAUGAGACACCAUCUGAAGAUGCCAUUCCUUUGGUGUUCCCAGAGUUAGAGCAGCAGCUCCAGCCUCUGCCACCUUGUCACGACUCCGUAGAAUCCAUGCAGGUGUUUAAACAGCACUGUCAAAUAGCUGAAGAGUACCAUGAGGUCAAAAAAGAGAUCGCCUUGCUUGAGGAAAGGAAGAAGGAGCUCAUCGCCAAGCUGGACCAGGCAGAAAAGGAGAAGCUGGACGCCGCUCAGCUGGUUCGGGAAUUUGAGGCUCUGACAGAGGAGAACCGGACACUGAAGAUGGCCCAGUCUCAGUGUGUGGAGCAACUAGAAAAACUCAGAAUCCAGUCUCAGAAGAGGCAGGGGUCCUCCUAACAUCAAGGAUGACAUGCGAGCAGCCGAGGUUGCUGACUGCACUGCGCUGGCCAAACGGAUGUGCAUCUUAAAGGAACGGAGAGUAAAUCUAUCGCUUCUCUUUACUACCCACAUGGCAAGUGCUUAGAAUGAGUUUAGUGCUGCCUAGCUUGAGAGAGGGAUACUUUAUUUUAAGUGAGGUCAUUAAUGCAAAGCUAUCACCAUAUAUACUUUUAGAGAUCAGAGUUCUUUUCCAAAGAUAUAUGUAUAUAUUUCUUAGUUAGAAAGAUAUGAUCAUCUUAUACAUUAGAGUAAAAAAUAAUAAAAAUAGAAUACUGACUGGCCCCCACUGAAAAAUCAUGAGCCAUAAAACAAGCCAGUAGGAUGUUCACUGUAGUUUCAUAUCUAUGUGUUUUAAAUUUUUGUGCCUUUUCAUAUUUCAAGUCUGCUCAACUACAAGCCAUGGAAACGUCUCUGCACAUAGCUGUGCUUGGUAUUGUUAGAUGUAACUCUUCAACGAUGGAUUGUCCUAAGAACAAAUGGUUGCAUAGCCAAAAUGCUUUCUCAUGAAAACCUUAGCAGACGUGUCCAUGACCAAUGCUAACAGGCACCAGUGCUGACUUGUCUGUAAUAAAGAAUGGAGGCUGGCUGUGCUUUCUCUAUUCCAUGCUAACACACA